GGGAAUGUGGGUCUUAAUUAUUGCUCUUCUACUACACCCUUCACCCCAUAAAGCCCUGGCCUUUACACCUUUCUUCCUCUUCUUUAAAUACACACAGUUCACUCCCCCUCUUCUUCCUCACUGCCGCAUAACCAGUUGCAGGCUUUCAGCAGUAGUUCCCCCCCUUCAGAUUCCCCCCCUUUGACCAAAGAAACAAAGAAGAAGACCAAACUCCCCCAAAAACAUGGCCAUUUCUUCAUCCCGUUCCACUAUCCUUCUCAUCCUGCUUCUCCUCACAACCUUCGCAGCUUCUCUCAUUCCCAACUCCCAUGGCGCCCACAAUCACCGCGGCCGCCCUCGCACCGCCAGCCACAACUACAGAGAUGCCCUCACCAAAUCCAUCCUGUUUUUUGAAGGGCAGAGGUCCGGGAAGCUCCCUCCUAACCAGAGAAUGUCGUGGAGGAGAGACUCUGGCCUCACUGACGGUUCCGCCAUGAAUGUGGAUCUGGUUGGAGGGUACUACGACGCAGGGGACAAUGUGAAGUUCGGCUUCCCAAUGGCGUUCACGACCACAAUGCUUUCAUGGAGCGUGCUCGAAUUCGGCGGAUUGAUGAAAGGCGAGCUGCAGAACGCCAGAGAAGCCAUUCGCUGGGGCACUGAUUACCUCCUCAAAGCCACAUCUCAUCCGGACACCAUCUUUGUCCAGGUCGGAGAUGCUAAGAAGGACCACGCUUGCUGGGAGAGGCCGGAGGACAUGGACACUCCGAGGAGCGUGUACAAGGUGGACAAGAACUCCCCUGGCUCCGACGUCGCCGGAGAAACCGCGGCGGCUCUCGCCGCGGCGUCUCUGGUUUUCAGGAGAUCCGACCCUAAUUACUCCAAGGUCCUGCUCAAGAGGGCAAUCAGGGUGUUCCAAUUUGCUGACAAGUACAGAGGACCUUACAGCAAUGGGCUCAAAAGCGUCGUCUGCCCUUUCUACUGCUCGUACUCUGGCUACCAGGACGAGCUUCUGUGGGGAGCGGCAUGGUUACACAGGGCAACCAAGAACCCAACCUACCUGAACUACAUCCAGGUAAACGGCCAGAUUCUCGGCGCGGCGGAGUUCGACAACACAUUUGGGUGGGAUAACAAGCACGUCGGAGCCCGAAUCUUGCUCUCCAAAGCUUUCCUCGUCCAGAGAGUUCAGUCCCUCCAUGACUACAAAGGCCACGCAGAUAACUUCAUCUGCUCCCUCAUCCCCGGCGCGCCUUCCUCUUCCACUCAGUACACUCCAGGUGGGCUGCUCUUCAAAAUGAGCGACGACAACAUGCAGUAUGUGACCUCCACUUCCUUCCUGCUCCUGGCCUACGCCAAGUACCUCACCUCCGCCCGCAAAUUCGUCAACUGCGGCGGAACGAUCGUCACCCCGAAGAGGCUCCGAUCGCUCGCCAAGAAGCAGGUGGACUACAUCCUGGGAGACAACCCGCUGCGGAUGUCGUACAUGGUCGGAUACGGGCCGAGGUACCCGCAGAGGAUCCACCACAGGGGUUCGUCGCUGCCGUCGAAGGCGGCCCAUCCGGCGAAGAUCGAGUGCUCCGCGGGAUUUGGCAUCAUGAACUCCGGUUCGCCGAACCCGAACGUUUUAGUGGGUGCCGUCGUCGGAGGACCGGACAGCCGCGACCGGUUCCCGGACCAGAGGUCGGAUUACGAGCAGUCGGAGCCGUCGACUUACAUGAACGCGCCUCUCGUGGGGUCGCUGGCUUACCUGGCUCACUCAUUCGGCCAGCUCUAAAGCUCUGAUUGAUGGCCGGCAAGAAGAAAGAAGAAAAAAAGCUGCUGCAGGGGAUGAUGGAUGGAGCAAAAGGAAGAGCACCGGAUUGGCGGGCUCCGGGUGUUCUCGUUUUUGCCAAUCAUGGAGGAGGGAGAAGUGUCGUUGUUCUGUAGUUUAAUUUUUUCCUGUUUGAGUGGCCCCCGAUUUCCGUAUAAGAUAUGGAUUUGGAGGGGAUCGUGUUUUUCUUCUUCUUCUGUUUCAUGUUUUACUUGCCGUCUAGGUUAGGGAAGAUGUAAUGUGUGUAUUGAAUCGCCUGCUGGGUGGUAGCUUGGCAAUCAAAUUUCAGCAGCGAGCUUAUCCAAUGUUCUGUUCUUACAAAGAGUCGUCCCCAUCAAAUGUCCCAUACAUAUGGGGUUGUGGUCACAGCAAAGAAAGGUUCAUAACAUCUCAAACUAGACAACAUCCUCUAUCUUAGAAUAAGAUCAAAGACAAAAAGACCAUACUAUUCAGCAUAAUAUCAAGUUCUAUGAGAUUCUUUCAUUAUGCAGUCGAGCGAGGUUCAAGAUGGUAAUAGGCGUAAGUAAGACAGGCUUUAAGCUCUCGACUAAUGCCUAGCUCAUCGUCUAGGAGUUGGAAGCAAAAAUAACCAUUUGUAUAACAUGAUGGAUAAAAUAACAAUUUACUACACUUUCACAUUUAAAUUCAAUUGACUAACAACUCACUUAACACUUAACAAUAUAAAAAAAACUAAUUCGCUAGUUUGUAUACUCAUAUUUUAAAGUUCUUGAAACAUAUUGAUUUAGAAGAGAGGUCGAACAACUAAUAAGUCGAAUCGGUAGCAAUAAGGCACGGGCAAAAAACGACACAAUUUCGAUGUGUUUCGAUUCUUCCGGAUGAGAAUCAUGUUAGGUUUUUAAAAUCAGAACACUAGUUCAGCUGAGGCCGAAUAAUGGUUAAAGUAUUAGGCCAAUUAGGCAAGAUUCUGACUGGAUACGAAAUCACUGGCACUCGAUCUAUAGAUGUCAUUCAAGAAGGCCAAGGAGUGUGGGAAUGAGACUAGUUGUGGGCGAGGGGAGGGAUUCGAACCCCCGACACCGUGUUUCGUAGCCACCACCGGACCAGUGAUUCCCGCUUUUUGUCAUUCUCUAAGCGCGGACUUCUUCACAGCGGUUCCCCGAGGGUAAGUAGGCUGCUUGCAAUUUGUACCCCUUACCAGGGACCCUUAUGGUUAGGAAACACCUAGGCGUCGACUUACUCCGUUGAUGUGUUCCCGAUACCUAAUUCACUAUGAAACCCCUAGACGAGAUCUUUUUGAUGUUGUCUAGCGCCUAAGCGUGCCUGAACAAGGUAACAUGGUUCUCUUUGUUGUAAAAACAGUCAAGUCAGUUGGAUGGGUAGAUUGAUCUUGAACAAAGCAGCAACUCCGACAGAAGCAAAAGGAGCUUGAGAUAGAGACAAAGAUCCACUGGCUGCUUCUGCCUGAGCCUCCCCAUCCUCUCUUUUCCCUCUGGUUUGUUUGUUUGUUUGUUACUAUGAAAAUCCAAGCUAUAGAGGAUGUCCAUAACCCAAUUAUCCCACCCGCCAUCUCUUCGCCAUCACCAAUCAACCUGGAGAUUUCCAUGUGCCUCCUGAAUGAAAAGAGCACCAAAAUUGCAGAAGAAGAAGACGACAGAAGCAAAAAGCUCUCUUCUCAUUCUCCGUAUCUAUCCGAUCUCGAAGAGAUUGGAUCUUGUAUGCCAUACGCAGGUGCCUCCCAGGCAAUGUUACAGAAGAAUGACAAUAGGAUAGGUAGGGAUGGUAUCUCGCUACUCAUAUUCAUAUUCGUGAGAGAUCUGAUUCACAUUGGAUAAUUCAUAUGGAUAUACAAUUUAAAUGAAAAAUAUUACAAAAU